ACAUCUAUUUAUGCAUUCCGGCUUCAAGUGUCAUUCGUUAGUUUUAUCACAUUUGAAUUGGAAAUUAAUAUAGAUUAGUUUAGAACCAGAGAGACUCCAGCGAUGCCGUUAAAGAAAUCAGUGGAUGUGUUCUGUCGCCGGGAGGAGCAGCGUCGCAAUUUGGCCGAAUUGCGUAUUGCCUAUGGUAACGCCCUAUCCGAUUCGAAUCUGGGUCGGAUACGACCGCGAUCGGUCACCAAUGUGCCAAAAGAUUGCUGCAGCUAUCAACCUAUUGGACAGUUUGCCAACUCGUAUAGCUGGCAGCUAUCCAAUACGUGUUCCGGCAAACUGAUGCAAAAGGUGACUGCUGCGUGCCCAACGCAUCUACCCGAUAAGCAUGGGACGGUAGCGAAAGAUUCAACGACUCUAAGGCGCUACGAUGCUCUGCAGAGACGGGCCCGACUUCAUACCACAUUCAUAAAACAUCUAGAUCAAGUGAAAUUCGGCAAGUCGGAUGAUCCUACAAAGUCUUCGAUUUUGAAAUUAUCUAAAUUUGCUGUACUUGAAUAAAUACUAUACAGGGCAGUUUCAGAAAUAUAAGCCAACCGAAAACCAACCAGGAUCCCAUAAAUUUUCGGUUGGUUUACAUUGCUGGAACAGCCCUGAAAGAAAAUAUA